AUGCGUGGGCUUCUACUCACACUUGGCUUCUUGGCCGUUGCUAUUGCGACAAAGAAUACAAACUGCACCGACGGUCUGUACAUGAUUGUGGCCAGAGGCAGUGAAGAACAAGCAGCUGCGAGUAAGAGUGGACUAUUCCCUGCGAACUCUGGGAGCCCUGGGUAUCUGGCAGAGCUUAUUGCAGCGCAGAUCAAAGACUCCAAGAUUAUGGGAGUGGAGUACCCUGCAACGCUGAAUAACUAUAUCCCGUCAGAGAAUGAGGGGGCGAAUGUUAUGCUGCAGCUGGCAAAUGACUACCAUUCGUCCUGCCCGGGUUCAAAAAUGGCCCUCUUAGGCUACUCGCAAGGCGCUCAAGUAGCCUCCGAUGUCCUUUGCGGCGGCGCUGGUGGUCAAUUCAACCAUAAUCCACCGCUAUCACCAGAUAUAGUUAAGAACAGUGUUAUUGCGGCCAUCUUGUUUGGCGACCCAACGCACAUUGCCAACACAACCUAUGAUCGCGGCACAAGCAUUCACAAUGGAAUACUCGCGCGAACGAACAACACCGUGUGCAGGGAGUACAGUGACCGCAUGGCAUCGUGGUGCGAUAAAGGCGAUGAGUUUUGUGACGCAGGCCAUGUCGAUGGGAUUCAUGAACUCUACCUUCAGAGAUACAACACAACUAUGGUUCAAUAUGUGGUGGAAAGAUGGCAAAACUCGACAGUUUCGUCUGUUACUACCACGGCCACAUCCACAGGCUCCUCCACAAUUUCAGGGACAAGUGGUGUGUCGACCAGCACGCAGACAGCCUCGCCCACAACCUCCGGGUCUAGUCGUCCUUCCACUGGCACGGCUUCUCGGCCUACUAUACUGGAGUGGCCUCUGAUUUUGCUGUUUGGUGGAAUCCUUUUUGUUUGA